UCAACUCUCUUCCCUCCUUUUUUCUCCUCUUGCACCCUCCUUCACUCCAAUCUCUAUCCCUUGUCAUGUCUUUCUCUCUCAAACUCCACAACAUAUAUAUUUUUAUAGCACACAAAACCCUUUUUUCCAAACACAACUCAAUCACCAUCUCUAGUUUAUGAUAUCUUCAUUUCUCUCUAAUUGCCUCAAUACAAAAUCUUUCAAAACUUGGGAACCACAUUGAACAAGAAACACUCAAGAUGGAAUGGACUAUAAACUAUUAUAUACUAUUUCUUCUACUCACUCAUUUCCUUUGUUCUGUUUAUAGUGAAACAAACAAUCCAAUUUCUUCAACUGAAAAGGAUAUUACAACUCCAAUCACAACAAUUCCAAAUGUAGUUCCAACAUCUCCAACAAUUCUGAACCCUAAUUCAAAUCCAGAUACAUAUUCACCAUCAACAUCAACAUCAAAUUCACCGGUUUCUUCAGGUUCAAGUUGGUGCAUUGCAAGUCCAAGUUCUUCACAAAGAGCUUUACAAAUUGCAUUGGAUUAUGCUUGUGGAUUUGGUGGCACUGAUUGUUCUGCAAUUCAAGUUGGUGGAAGCUGUUAUAACCCUAAUUCAGUUCAUGAUCAUGCUUCUUUUGCUUUUAAUAAGUACUAUCAGAAGAAUCCUGUUCCAAAUAGUUGCAACUUUGGUGGAACUGCUGUUAUCACUAACACAAAUCCAAGUGUUGGGACAUGUCAAUAUCCAUCCACUAGCACAAGUUCAUCAGUCUUAAACAUAACAAACACAAGUGGUGCAAAUGUUUUUGGAUACGUGCCUGUCCCAACAAACCCUUCUUCUGCCUCUGCUGGAGCUGUCUCUCCAAAUACUUUUGCACAAAUUUGUUUCAUUCUUUGUGCAAUUGCAAUUUUGGAAAACAAAUAUAUCCAACAUGAAUGAAUGAGUGAGAAUUUUUUGUUAUUUUGAUAUUUGGCUAGGUUUGUGUGACUCAAAAGCAAAUAGGUAGGUACAAGACUUGCAACAUAAUAUACAUGAUAGAUCCACUUUGUAGAAAUUUAUAUAAUGGAGAUUAUUAAUAUAUAGAUUUAUAACAUACUUUUUUUUGUUAAUAUUUUGUAGUUUUGUUUAUAUUGGAUUUCCCCUUUUUCUUAAGAAAUAUAACUUUGUAUGAAGGGUAUUAUUUUAUACACUUGUAUAAAUAAAUUGUUUUAUGUUUUGUUUUAUCUGCUACCUACAAAUUGAUGGAGAAAUAGGGAAAGAA